AUGUUCUUUAGCAACAAGUUCAUGAAGGGCACCGACACUCUUGCCAUCAAGCUCCUCGCCGGCUUAUUAUAUGCUGCCGCCUGUGGGGCGCCGGUCUUGAGACUGCCGAGCCCAAGGCAGAUGAGAGUCACCGAGUCGUUUUCGCAGUGUAGAGAGCAGGGCCAGGACACUAGUAGCGAGGUAGACGGGGGCGACCUGCACGGGCUACUGGGUGUGGACUUCUUGAGCUUUGGGUGUGUGGUGACUACUCCUGGAGAGUAG